GAGGUAAGCAGGCAGGCAGGGAUUGGCUGGUUUAGCCUGGCCACUGCCAGUGUCCCCUAGGUCAGGCGCCAGGGACAAAGACUUUCCAAGAGGAGGGGAGAGGAGGCUGUGUGGAUAAGCUGCUGUGGUCUGAAGGAUGCUGAGCCUGUCCUGGCUGGGACUCGGGCAGGUGGCAGCCUCCCCAUGGCUGCUCCUGCUGCUGGUGGGGGUCUCCUGGCUCUUGGCCCGCGUCCUGGCCUGGAGCUACAGCUUCUAUGACACGUGCUGCCGCCUCCGGUGUUUCCCGCAGCCCCCGAAGCGGAACUGGUUUUGGGGUCACCUCGGACUGGUCCACCCCACAGAGCAGGGCUUGAGGGUCUUAAUUCAGCUGGUGGCCGCCUACUCGAAGGGGUUUGUGACGUGGCUGGGCCCCACCAUGCCCCUUAUCACUUUGUGCCACCCUGACAUGAUCCGGACUAUCACCAAUGCCUCAGCUGCCAUUGCACCCAAGGACAUGGUCUUCUACAGCUUCUUGAAGCCCUGGCUGGGGGAUGGGCUCCUGCUGAGUGCUGGUGACAAAUGGAGCAGCCAUCGCCGCAUGCUGACACCCGCCUUCCACUUCAACAUCCUGAAGCACUAUGUGAAGAUUUUCAAUGACAGUGUAAAUGUCAUGCAUGCCAAGUGGAAACGCCUGGUCUCAGAGGGCAGCACCCGUCUGGACAUGUUUGAGCACAUCAGCCUCAUGACCCUGGACAGUCUGCAGAAAUGUGUCUUCAGUUUUGACAGCAAUUGCCAGGAGAAGCCUAGUGAAUAUAUUGCUGCCAUCUUAGAGCUCAGUGCCCUUGUGGCAAAACGGCACCAGCAGAUCUUCGUGCACAUGGACUUCCUGUACUACCUCACUCCAGAUGGGCAACGCUUCCGCAGAGCCUGCCGCCUGGUGCACAACUUCACAGAUGCUGUCAUCCAGGAACGGCGCCGCACUCUCCCCGAUGAGGGUGUUGAUGACUUCCUCAAGGCCAAGGCUAAGGCCAAGACUUUGGACUUCAUUGAUGUGCUCCUGCUGACCAAGGACAAAGAUGGAAAACAAUUGUCAGAUGAGGAUAUCCGAGCUGAAGCUGAUACCUUCAUGUUUGGGGGCCAUGACACCACGGCCAGUGGUCUCUCCUGGGUCCUGUACAACCUUGCGAAGCACCCAGAGUAUCAGGAGCGCUGUCGGCAGGAGGUGCAAGAGCUCCUGAGGGACCGUGAGCCUAAAGAGAUUGAAUGGGACGACCUGGCGCAGUUGCCUUUCCUGACCAUGUGCAUCAAGGAGAGUCUGCGGUUGCACCCCCCGGUCACAGUCGUCUCCCGCUGCUGUACUCAGGACGUCGUGCUCCCAGAUGGCCGGGUCAUCCCCAAAGGUGUUAUCUGCCUCGUUAGUAUUUUCGGGAUCCACCACAAUCCAUCCGUGUGGCCAGACCCUGAGGUAUACAAUCCUUUCCGCUUUGACCCAGAAAACAUCAAGGAAAGGUCUUCCCUGGCUUUUAUUCCCUUCUCCGCGGGGCCCAGGAACUGCAUCGGGCAGACGUUCGCCCUGACCGAGAUAAAGGUGGUCCUGGCGCUCACGCUGCUGCGCUUUCGGGUCCUGCCGGACAAGGAGGAGCCGCGCAGGAAGCCGGAGCUCAUCCUGCGCGCCGAGGGCGGGCUUUGGCUGCGGGUGGAGCCGCUGAGCGCGGGCCCCCAGUGACCCGCCAGCUCCCCCUGGCUUGGGAUCCACCCCGACCCUACACACGCCCCCUGGCGGAUUCCCAGGACUAGAACUGUGUGGUCUCCUCUGCCGGGGCGCCACUGACAGCCAGCAGGGGGCGCUCGGGACCUGCGGGAACGCAGGGAGCGGUGGAGGGGUGGGAGUAGAGGUGGGGGU